AUGGCCACCGAUCCCCCUUCUCCCGUCCCUUCUUCCUACCUCCUUCACCCAUCAGAUUCUCCCAGCCUCACCCUCGUCAAUGGUCUCCUCACUGGUGACAAUUUUCCCAAAUGGCAAAAAGCUAUGACACGGGCACUCAAUGCAAAAAAUAAAUUAAGCUUUGUCGAUGGCACCCUCACCCCUCCUGAUCCCUCUUCAACCGCAUACCCUCAAUGGAACCAAACAAAAGACAUGGUUCUUACCUGGCUCCUUAACUCCAUCAGUCCAUCCAUUGCAAACUCCCUUGAAUACCAUACUGAUCCUCGUGCUGUAUGGGUCGAUUUGUCUUCCCGAUUCUGCCAUGGCAACAACGCCCGAAUCUAUCAACUCAAACGAGCCCUCUCUUCCCUGCAACAAACAACCAACUCUGUCCAUGAGUACUAUAAUCAAAUUAAACAACUUUGGGAUGAACUUGGUCAUCUCCAACGUAAUACCGACCUCAAAGACCUGCAAAAACAAGUUGAAGAUGAGCAAGUUUUUCAAUUUCUCCUUGGCUUGAACGAUUCCUUUGCCUCUCUCCGAACUCAAAUCUUGGCUAUGGAUCCCCUUCCCUCUAUUAGUAAAGUGUUCUCCAUUCUUUUCCAAGAAGAACAACAGAGGUUGCUUCACAUUCAAACCCCUCCAUCCGAAAGCUUGGCCCUGGCUCUUCCUCCAUAG